AUGCGUUUUCGCGAUGGAGUAAUUUUCGAUAAAGGAUUAAACCAAAAAUUACAAGAAGAGACUGCUGAACUGGCCCAGUUGAUUCUCUACUUGCAGAACAGAAAAAGGAAGUGCACCAAACUUUCAAAUAUUAGAAUAUGGGACCGAUGUAUCGACGAAGCGAUUGAUGUUCUAGAUGAAGUUGUUGGCGUAAAGGUAUACAAAACAAAAACUUCACAGGGAUAUCAGUUGUAUGUAAAAAAUGAUUUGAAAAUUCAACACGAUACAGCUGAUGAAAACCAUUGUUAUUCAGACGAAGAUAAAGCAAAGUAUGGGCUAUUGAUUGCAAUUCUGAUGUUCAUUUAUAUGAUGCAUCGUCCUGGUUCUCCUGAUUAUACCGUUUCCGAGAGUCUGCUAAAACGUUUCUUGCAAGAAAUGGGUAUUACUGAGAACAGUUGUUUUGGGAACCAAACGGAUCUGAACAAAUUGCUCGGAGCCACAUAUACUGCUGAAUUCAUUUCACAAGGUUGGUUAGCUUUCACAAAGGGAACAGAUGAAAAUGGUUGCGAUACUGUAGCAUAUGAGUGGGGACCUCGAGCAAAGUCUGUCAUCGAUCCAAUGACAAUUCUUCGAACAUAUUGCACCAUGGAUGGUAGUGCUCCACACCAUUGGAGAUUGCAUUAUCAAGAAGCACAGAAUGCCGUUGCUCGGGAUGACUGA